AUGGAAAUAAAAGAGAAUGAUCAUGGAGACGAUGACAACACAUCGGAUGAUGAUCUAUUAAUUGACAGUAUUAAGAAAAAACAGUGUUGUGUUAACAUAUUUGACCAAAAACCAAUAAACGAAGGUAGCAAAAAUGAAGACGUCAUAUCUGAAAAGGUUAUAGCAAAUAAUAAUAAUACAACCCAUGUAAAGAAGGAAAAUGAUGUUGUUGUUCAAAGUGUGAAUAAGAAAGAACAUAUAAAAGAUGAUGUAAAGAAAAAUCCAAAAGAAGAACACGACGUUCUUCAAAAUGAGGGUGUACUUACUAAAACAAAAAGCGCAUCUCAUUCUAGUGAUGAAACAAAUAAAAUUUUGAGCGCAGUAAAUAAAAAUGAAGAUGAUAAAAAUAAAGAGUUAUUAAAGAGCAAUAGUAAAGGAAGUGUGAAGGUAAAAAAUCAAGUUAGCAAAGUAAAAAAAGAAACAAAUAAAAAACCCAAAAAGGUACUUAAAAAAUCGGAAGAAAAUUUUGAACCAAUAAAUAGAUGGUGGGAAAAAAUAGAUGUCCAGACGGAUCUACAAUGGCAAUAUUUAGAACAUAGAGGAAUUAUAUUUGCGCCACCAUAUGUAAAACAUAAUAUUCCAAUUUUUUAUAAAAGUACUAAAAUAGAAUUAAAUGAGAAAUCAGAAGAAUUAGCUACCUAUUGGUGUAGUGUUAUAGGUAGUGAUUAUUGCACAAAAGAAAAGUUUAUAUUAAAUUUUUUUAAAACAUUUAUAAGUACUUUAGAGAAAAAUAACAUUAUUAGACAAGAAAAUGAAAAUAAGGUAAAAAAAGGAGAUAUAUCAAAUUUUAAAUUUAUUGAUUUUAUGCCAAUUAAAGAUCAUUUAGCUAAAUUAAGAGAAGAUAAAUUAAAUAGAACAAAAGAAGAAAAAGAGGAAGAAAAAAAAAUGAGAGCGGAAAAAGAAUUACCGUAUACCUAUGCACUUGUUGACUGGAUUCGAGAAAAAAUUUCAAGUAAUAAAGCAGAACCUCCAGGUCUAUUCAGAGGAAGAGGAGAACAUCCUAAACAGGGUUUAUUAAAAAAAAGAAUUUUUCCAGAAGAUGUAGUAAUUAAUAUAAGUAAAGAUGCACCUGCGCCUCGGCUUUAUGGUAAUAUGUGUGGACAUAACUGGGGAGAUACUUAUCAUGAUAAUAAAGUAACAUGGUUAGCAUAUUACAAAGAUAGCAUUAAUGACCAAAUAAAAUAUACAUUUUUAUCCGCACAAUCUAAAUUUAAAGGGUAUAAAGAUUUAAUGAAAUAUGAAAAUGCAAGAAAGUUAAAAUCUUGUGUUCAUAAAAUUAGAGAUGAUUAUAAAAACAAAAUGAGAAAUAAAAGUAUUUUGGAUAAACAGUUAGGUACAGCUGUUUAUUUAAUAGAUUUUUUAGCUUUAAGAGUUGGAGGAGAAAAGGAUAUAGACGAAGAAGCAGAUACCGUAGGUUGUUGUAGUUUACGAGUAGAACAUGUUAGUUUUGCUCAUAUGGUACCUAUUAAAAAUGAAAACGUAACUAAUAAUGGCGAAAAGGAUAAUGAUAAAAUUAAUAGAAUACCAUUACCAAAAAAUUUAGAUGAUAUUUUGGAAGUAGAUUGUUAUAUAACUCUGGAUUUUUUAGGUAAAGAUAGUAUUCGCUAUUUUAACACAGUAAAAAUUGAUAAGCAAGCAUAUAUAAAUAUGAUCACAUUUUGUAAAAAUAAAAGCAAAGAAGAAGGAGUAUUUGAUUAUAUAAAUUGCUCAAAAUUAAAUGAAUAUUUAAAAGAAAUUAUGCCAACAUUAUCAGCCAAGGUUUUUCGUACAUAUAAUGCAUCCAUUACACUUGAUCAGCAAUUAAAAAGAAUAAAAGAAAUUAAUGGGAAAUCAGAUGAUGAUUUGUUUUUAUUUGAUGAUUCGGAUAUACAGAAAAAUAAGAGGAGAAAGUUAGGAAACGUAAGUUCUCCUACAAGUAUCUCAAGUGAUAUUAGUGAUUCAACGCAAAAUGAAAAAAGUAAUCCUGUUGAAGAAGAUGUAAUAAAUGAUAGCACAUCAUCUAAUAAUAAAAACAUAUUAAAGGAAAACAAUGCAGAAGACAAGAAUUCGCCCAUAGAGGUAGAUGUUUCGAAUGUUAAUGAUCUUAUUAACUUUUUCAAUAAUGCAAAUAGGGAGGUUGCUAUUUUGUGUAAUCAUCAAAGAAGUAUUCCGAAACAACAUGACACAGCAAUGUCAAAAAUAAAGAAACAGAUAGAAAUUUUUACCGAAGAUAUAAAAGAAUAUAAAAAAUAUCUGCAAUACUUAAAAAGAGAUAAUAAUAGUAAUAAUAAUAAUAAGAAGAAGAAUAAUAAUCAAAAUGUUGACAAUAAAUUUACCUUCGUUUCUAAGGUUGUCACGUUAGAUGGAACCUUAAGACCGAACAAAGUGAAGGAUAACAUGAAAGAAGAAUCUUGUAAAAAAAAACUUACUGCUCUUAUCAAAAAAGUAGAACUUUUAAAAAAUCAAAUGAAAGUAAGAGAUGAUAAUAAAACAAUUGCUUUAGGAACGUCCAAAAUAAAUUACAUGGAUCCAAGAAUAACUGUUGCUUUUUGUAAAAGGUUUGAAAUACCAAUAGAAAAAAUAUUUAAUAGAAGUUUAAGGAUUAAAUUUCCAUGGGCAAUGUUUGCUACAAAAAAUUUCUGCUUUUAA